CCGCCUCUCCUCCUCCCGGCUGCUCCUUUCGGAUCCUCACUGCAAUGGCGGAGCAGCAGCAGUUCUACCUCUUGCUGGGCAACCUGAUGAGCCCCGACAACGACGUCAGGAAACAAUCAGAGGAGACCUAUGACACUAUCCCUGGCCCGAACAAGAUCACAUUCUUGCUGCAGGCCAUCAGAGAUGCAUCUGCUGCAGAGGAGGCCAGACAGAUGGCUGCAGUGCUGCUUCGGCGGCUGCUGUCAUCUUCCUUCGAGGAGAUCUACCCGGGCCUGACCAUAGAGCUGCAGACGGUCAUCAAGACAGAACUGCUGACCAGCAUCCAGCAGGAGACCUUGCCAAACAUCCGCAAGAAGGUCUGCGAUAUUGCAGCCGAGCUCUGCCGCAACCUCAUUGACGAUGAUGGAAAUAACCAGUGGCCAGAGUUGCUCAAGUUUCUGUUUGACUCUGUCAACUCUGACAAUGUCGGCCUGCGAGAAGCGGCACUCCACAUAUUCUGGAACUUCCCAGGAAUUUUUGGCAACCAGCAGCAGCAUUAUAUGGAGGUUAUCAAACGUAUGCUUGUUCAGUGCAUGCAGGACCAGGCUAACCCACAUAUUCGUACUCUGGCGGCUCGGGCUGCAGCAUCCUUCGUUCUGUCCAACGAAGGCAACACCGCUCUGCUGAAGCACUUUUCCGACCUGCUUCCAGGAAUCCUGCAGGCGGUGAACGAGUCCUGCUACCAGAGCGAUGACUCUGUGCUCAAGUCUUUAGUGGAAAUUGCAGACACGGCUCCUAAAUACCUGAGGCCCAACCUGGAGGCGACCCUGCAGCUCUGUCUGAAGUUGUGUGCAGACACCAACCUGACUAACAUGCAGAGGCAGUUGUCUUUGGAAGUCAUCGUCACCUUAUCUGAGACGGCAGCCGCCAUGCUGAGGAAACACACUGCCAUUGUGGCUUCGAGUGUGCCCCAGAUGCUGGCUAUGAUGGUGGACCUGGAGGAGGACGAUGAAUGGGCCAUGGCUGAUGAGUUGGAGGAUGAUGACUUUGAUAGUAACGCUGUGGCCGGGGAGAGCGCUCUGGACAGGAUCGCCUGUGGUCUGGGAGGAAAGAUCAUUUUGCCCAUGAUCAAACAGCACAUCAUGCAGAUGCUUCAGAACCCUGACUGGAAGUACCGUCACGCCGGGCUGAUGGCGCUGUCGGCCAUUGGUGAGGGCUGCCACCAGCAGAUGGAGGCUAUCCUCCAGGAGAUUGUCAGCUUUGUCCUCAUCUUCUGCUCUGACCCUCAUCCAAGAGUGCGUUAUGCUGCCUGCAACGCUAUUGGACAGAUGGCCACAGACUUUGCUCCAACCUUCCAAAAGAAAUUCCACGAUAAGGUGAUCUCAGCUCUGCUUCAGACCAUGGAAGACCAAAGUAACCCUCGGGUGCAGGCGCACGCUGCUGCUGCCCUCAUCAACUUCACAGAGGACUGUCCCAAAACCCUGCUCAUCCCUUAUCUCGACAGCUUGGUGCAGCACCUUCACGUCAUUAUGGUUGCCAAGCUGCAGGAGUUGAUCCAGAAGGGCACCAAACUGGUCCUGGAGCAAGUGGUGACUUCCAUCGCCUCAGUGGCCGACACAGCUGAGGAGAAGUUUGUGCCAUACUAUGACCUGUUUAUGCCCUCGCUCAAACACAUCGUAGAAAAUGCAGUGCAGAAGGAACUGAGGCUGCUUCGCGGCAAGACCAUAGAGUGCAUCAGUCUCAUCGGCCUGGCUGUCGGCAAAGAUAAGUUCAUGCCAGAUGCCUCUGCCGUCAUGCAGCUGCUCCUCAAAACCCAGACAGACUUCAAUGACCUGGAGGAUGACGAUCCUCAGAUCUCGUACAUGAUCUCAGCCUGGGCCAGGAUGUGUAAGAUCUUGGGGAAGGAGUUUCAGCAGUAUCUGCCUGUGGUGAUGGGUCCGCUGAUGAAGACGGCCUCAAUCAAGCCUGAGGUGGCCCUCCUCGACACCCAGGAUAUGGAGAACAUAUCGGAGGAUGACGGCUGGGAGUUUGUCAACCUGGGCGACCAGCAGAGUUUUGGCAUCAAGACGGCCGGUCUAGAGGAGAAGGCCACUGCCUGUCAGAUGCUGGUGUGUUAUGCCAAAGAGUUGAAGGAAGGUUUUGUUGAGUACACCGAGCAGGUGGUGAAGCUGAUGGUUCCUCUACUCAAGUUCUACUUCCACGAUGGUGUUCGAGUGGCUGCAGCCGAGUCCAUGCCCCUGCUGCUGGAGUGCGCUCGUGUUCGAGGACCCGAGUACCUCACCCAGAUGUGGCACUUCAUGUGCGACGCCCUCAUCAAGUCCAUCGGAACAGAGCCGGACUCAGACGUCCUGUCAGAAAUCAUGCACUCUUUUGCCAAGUGUAUUGAGUUGAUGGGUGACGGGUGUCUGAACAAUGAGCAUUUCGAGGAGCUGGGUGGCAUCUUGAAAGGAAAACUGGAAGAGCAUUUUAAGAACCAGGAGCUAAGACAUACCAAGAGACAGGAUGAAGACUAUGACGAGCAGGUGGAGGAAACAUUACAAGACGAGGAUGAGAAUGAUGUGUACAUCCUGACUAAAGUGUCAGACAUCCUGCACUCAGUGUUCAGUAGUUACAAAGAGAAGGUGCUGCCAUGGUUCGAACAGCUGCUGCAGCUCAUCGUACAGCUAAUAUGUCCCAGCAGGCCGUGGGCGGACAGACAGUGGGGUCUGUGCAUAUUUGACGACGUGGUGGAGCACUGCAGCCCCUCCUCCUUCAAAUAUGCAGAGUAUUUCCUACAGCCUAUGAUGCAGUCUGUGUGUGACACAAGCCCCGAGGUUCGGCAGGCGGCCGCCUACGGCGUUGGCGUCAUGGCCCAGUACGGAGGAGAGAACUACCGCCAGUUCUGUACAGAGGCCGUCACGCUGAUGGUCAGAGUCAUCCAGGCAGCCGAGUCACGCUCCAAGGAAAACGUUAAUGCCACAGAGAACUGCAUCUCCGCUGUCGGAAAGGUCAUGAGGUUUCGGCCGGAGUGCGUCAACGUCAACGAGAUCCUUCCCCACUGGCUCAGCUGGCUACCACUCAACGAGGACAAAGAGGAGGCCGUGCACACAUUUGAUUUUUUGUGCGACCUCAUUGAAAGCAACAACCCAAUCGUCCUCGGGCCAGACAACGCCAACCUUCCCAAAAUUUUCCUCAUCAUCGCAGAGGGUGUUGCAAAUGAAUCGGUCAAGAGCGAAGACGCUUGCAGCAAACGUCUCGCAAAUGACAUCCGUCAAGUGCAGAUGUCGGCAGGAUUAUGGACGCAGUGUGUAUCGUCGCUGAACGAGACGCAGCAGAAAGCCAUACAGGACCUACUGAACACUGCCUGAGCCUGAAGCCCGGUCAACUCCCCGCUCCUUUUUAAAAAAAAAAUUAUGAAUAAAGCCCAUGAAGAAAAGUUGAGCUCCUGGAUCUCCUCCGUUCACUCCCUGUUCUUCCUCCUGCUCCGAUCUGUCGUGUUAAUGGACACCCCCAUAAUCAUCGUACGAUUCUAUAACUCCACCCACAUUCAGCAGACUGGGGGAGCAGGUUGGAUAAUUAUGACAAUGGAAGACAUUGGCCAUCCAAGACUAUAACCCUGUAUCCAAGGAAAUGGGAAGGAGUGGUGCAUCAGUCACCCUGUGUCUCAUCGUCAUCACUCAACUUCUUUCAUGAAUUGUCUCUCUGCGCCCAGAGGAACUCAUUCUCCACUUAGCUCAAACAAUCUCAUUGGACAGUCCGGCUCAGAGGGGCCGAAGUGGGGGGGGAGUGGGGACAGGACAUUCUCUUGGACUGAGAUAUUGAAUUAGGUGAAAAUGCACACUGGGCAAAUUGCCUGUCUCCUGUGAAAUUUCUUUUUUUUUCCUUUUGUAUUUUUAUUUUAUUUCUUUUGGUUCAGUGUUUCCUGGGGGGAAGCGACCUCAGAGGGUAUGUUUAAAAAGUAACGGCAUGUUUGUUUAAAUGGCUAACUCUAGAAAAUAUAAAUAGUUAGGAAAUUUACAUCAUGUCUGGAAAGAGUUGACAUUGAUUUAAGAAGCUUUCCUCCAUAGCCUUUCAGACAGCUGUUCACUGGAAAUGUUUGGACGCUUCUCUGCCCCUUCACGUAGCAGAGCUAAGGAUUCUCGGACAAGAAGGUUGAGUUGUAGCUGACCACGAUGCGUAUGACAUGCUGGUGGAACAUGAAUAUCAUGAAUUGUAGAGUAUUCGUAAAAUGCGUGCUACCAUACUGUUAUUCUUUAUGGUUUUCGACCCUUCGCAGUCUUGCAGGUAUGUUAUAGAACUGCAGAAAAUACCAACAAUAAAAUUCCAUUUGAGAAUUCUGA